AGGGGAAUACCAGGCAGUAAUUGUAUGUCUAGGAGCCAAAGCAGAUCUGCUUCCUGAGCUCCUGGGAGGCUUCCAUUGAGGACAUGCAGAGGUGUCGUUGCACAUCUGCAGCUUCCUGAUAACAUGGGAGGGGAGUAUCCAGGCUUUGGCCCCUCAAUAUUGUCAGAUGCUUGGCUUGCUGUCCAAGGACCUCGGAGUUUGUAUAUGGGCUCAACAUGGGAAUGGAAAUCAAGAAAUUCAUCAUCAAAUGUAUCUGCAGAUGAAGCUACAGAAGCCCUUAAAGAGCUUCUACCAAAGGCAUGCGGCAUUUAUCCAGUUGUAAAAGAUUGGACCUGUAUUGGAGCCAGGGCUGGCCUUAGGGCAAUGCCACCACUCACUCCUCAUGGGUCACUUCCUCUUUUGGGUUGUGUCAAUAACAUUAUAGGUCAAAAUCAAACUUGCAAAUACUGGUUAUUUGGAGGGCUUGGUUCAAGGGGAUUGUUGUAGCAUGGUUGGCUUGGGAAGUUGAUGUCACAAGCUGUGCUUUCGUGUAACGAAUAAUUAAUUCCAUAUGAAUUAACCUCUUGGAAAAUAACAAAACAAUAAUUGACACAUUCUAGUGAUGGAAUUUUGACUCGGCAUUUGAAGGUUAAUUUGCCCAU